UCCAGCUGUGUUGGGGUAGAGGAGCACCAUGCUGUUGACAUUGAUCUAUACCAUUGUCCCAACUGUGCAGUUCUCCAUGGGCCUUCUCUAAUGAAGAAGAGGAGGAACUGGCACAGACAUGACUACACAGAGUUGGAUGAUGGUUCCAAACCGGUGCAGGCUGGAACACGGACUUUUGUUAAACAGCUGCGGGCUCGCUCUUUCCCAAGUGCUGAUGAAGUAAUUUUGAAAAUGCAUGGAAGCCAAUUGACACAAAGAUACUUGGAGAAACAUGGGUUUGAUGUUCCCAUUAUGGUUCCUAAAUUAGAUGGUCUGGGGCUCAGACUUCCUCCGCCAACUUUCUCUGUUUUAGAUGUGGAACGAUAUGUAGGUGGCGACAAAGUGAUAGAUGUAAUAGAUGUAGCAAGACAAGCAGACAGUAAAAUGAAGCUUCAUAAUUAUAUUAAAUAUUUCACAAAUCCUGACCGACCAAAAGUAUUGAAUGUGAUCAGCCUGGAAUUCUCGGACACAAAGAUGUCUGAAUUAGUGGAAGUACCGGAUAUUGCCAGAAAGCUUUCAUGGGUGGAAAAUUAUUGGCCAGAUGAUUCUGUCUUCCCUAAGCCUUUUGUUCAGAAGUAUUGCUUGAUGGGUGUCCAGGACAGCUACACUGAUUUUCAUAUCGAUUUUGGAGGAACAUCAGUUUGGUACCAUGUUCUCUGGGGUGAGAAGAUAUUCUAUUUGAUCAAGCCCACUGAUGAAAAUUUGGCUCUGUAUGAGUCUUGGAGUUCAUCUGUCACCCAGAGUGAAGUAUAUUUUGGGGACAAGGUUGACAAAUGUUACAAAUGUGUUGUGAAGCAAGGACACACUUUAUUUGUUCCAACAGGCUGGAUUCACGCUGUGCUCACAUCUCAGGAUUGUAUGGCUUUUGGAGGAAACUUUUUGCACAACCUCAAUAUUGGCAUGCAGCUCAGGUGUUAUGAAAUGGAGAAGAGGCUAAAAACCCCAGAUCUUUUCAAAUUUCCUUUCUUUGAAGCCAUCUGUUGGUUUGUGGCCAAAAACUUACUGGAAACAUUGAAAGAACUGAGGGAAGAUGGUUUCCAGCCUCCAAGCUAUUUAGUGCAAGGAGUGAAGGCUUUACUUACUGCUUUAAAAUUAUGGAUGAAAAAAGAACUUGUAACAGAACAUGCCUUUGAAAUUCCAGACAACAUCAGGCCUGGGCAUCUCAUAAAAGAGCUCUCAAAAGUGAUUCGUUCUGUAGAGGAGGAAAACAGCAAACUAGUUAAAACUCAGGGAAUUCUUGGUGUGUGUCCAACUUCACGGUCUUCGCAUGAAACAACUUCCCCUCACCACUCCAGACGAAGGGUGAGGAAACUGCGAGACCAUGCUACCAAAACUCCUUCUAAUCUGGACAUCCUGGAACUCCACACCAGGGAGGUGCUGAAAAGGCUGGAGAUGUCACCAUGGGAGGAGGAUACUGCAAGCUCGAAACUGAAUGGGAGAUUUAACAAGCCCUUUCAGCCAUCUUCUACCGUACCUGAAUGGCGAACAAAAGACAAUGAUCUUCGCCUUCUGCUGUCAAAUGGAAGAAUAAUUAGAGAUGAGAGACGCCCAUUUACAGAUCGAAGUCUUUACACAGCAGAUAGUGAAGAUGAAGAUGACAGGACAAGGUCGAAAAAGACAACUGUUAAGGUAGAAGACCAGCCCUCAGGAUCUGAAGGAGAAGGGAAUGCAGAUGCCCAGAAACCACUGAACA